UGUCCAACAAAGAUCAUUAUGAGCGUUUUCAUCGUUGCUUUAUCUGUAUUUAUCAUUUCAUAUGUGAUAUCUUUUUAUUGGAAAGUGAGAAAAUAUCCAAAAGGGCCAUUUCCACUACCAUUUUUCGGGAAUCUUCUGCAGUUCCCAGCCGAUAAUAUCCAAGAACACUUGGAUAAGUUAUCAAAAACCUAUGGACCAUGUUUCACUGUCUGGACACCACUACCUGCAGUUGUUCUGACAGAUUAUGAACAUAUCAAGGAAGCGUUUGUAACGCAAGGUGACGCCUUUGUCAAUCGUGCCCAACGACUUCCUGAAAUACUUUUUCAACCCCAUCCAAACACAGGAGUCGUGUUUUCAAGUGGAGACAAUUGGAAGAUUCAAAGAAGAACUGCACUGAAAAUCCUUCGGGAUUUUGGCUUGGGCAGGAAUUUAAUGGAAGAACAGGUUAUGAGAUCUGUUCAUGAAAUGCUGGCACAGCUGGAACAUAUUUCUGAUAAAAAGAAUGUAGAUAUGUAUUGGCCGAUUCAACUUUGCGUUGGGAAUGUGAUCAAUGAAAGUCUUUUCGGAUAUCAUUACAAAUAUGAAGAUGCGGGAAGAUUUGAAAAAUUUGUAAAAGUUGUCGAUAGACAUUUGAAAAUUGCGCAAGGCAAUGCUUCGCUUCUUGUUUCCGCUUUUCCAUGGCUACGACAUUUACCAGUUAUCGGAAACCUGGGAUAUCACAGUAUUAAAAACAAUAUUAAAUCGUAUCAACAGUUCAUCGAAGAGGAGGUUACCAGCCAACUUAAAAAUUACGAUGGAGAGAGUGAGCCUGAAAAUUUUGUGCAUGCUUACAUGCAACAAAUGAAACAAACCGGAAAUCCAAAUCUUGAUAUGACAAAUCUAUGCGCAUCAGUACUUGAUUUCUGGCUAGCUGGAAUGGAAACAGCCUCGAAUUCCCUUCGUUGGCAUUUGGCAUUCAUGAUGAAAUAUCCAGAAGUUCAAGAUAAAGUUCGAAACGAAAUUUUUGAGAAUAUAGGCACGGCGAGACUACCAUCCAUGUCUGACAAACAAAAUAUGCCUUACACUCAAGCAGUGAUACAUGAAGUUCAGAGAUGCUCCAAUAUGGUUCCCAUUUUAGCAACUCAUAUGAACACAGAAGAUGUCCUUGUCAAAGAACACAACAUACCAACUGGAACUCUCUUAUUUGCUCAAAUUUGGUCGGUUUUGAAAAAUGACCCAGUUUUCGAAGAGAACUCUAAAUUCAACCCGGACAGAUAUUUGAUGCCUGACGGAAAAACGUUGAACAAGACUGUACUUGAACGAACAAUACCGUUCAGUGUCGGAAAGCGAAAUUGCGUGGGCGAAGGACUGGCCCGAAUGGAGUUGUUUUUGAUUUUCAGUGCGCUCAUCCAAAAGUACGAGUUCAUUCCAAAAACCAAUGUCGAUUUGAAACCAGUGUAUGGAGGUGUGAUUACUGUGAAACCAUAUCUAUGCGAGUUGGUUCCACAGAAUGCUUAGGACGUUUAAAUUCGUCACAAACUUUUGAAAUAUUAUAUUAUAGUUGAAUAAAUUUUUUGAAAAC